AACAGACAUAACCACAUCUCUCUCUCUCUCUCUCUCUCUCUGAUAUCUUUCUUUCAAUUUAAAGCUGAUCAGGGACAAAGGAAAGGCAGGCUUACAGAGCUCUCUAAAACCCUUUCUUUCUUUCUUUCUUCCUCUGUAUUCUCUUCAAUGGCUGUGUUCCUUGUCUUCUUUCUUUCUUUACUUUCUUUAUCUUCUUCUUCUUCAACAAAUGACACACCAAGGACCUUCAUAAUUAAAGUCCAGCACGAUGCUAAGCCAUCCAUUUUCACUCUCCACAAACACUGGUACCAAUCUUUCCUUUCUUCCCUUUCUGAAACGACACCCUCGUCUUCUCGUAUCAUCCACACUUAUGAAAACGUAUUCCAUGGCUUCUCUGCUAUGCUCUCUCCAGUGGAAGCUCUCAAGAUUCAGACACUUCCCCAUGUCAUUGCAGUAAUCCCUGAACGUGUUCGUCAACUUCAAACCACACGCUCGCCUGAGUUUCUUGGUUUAAAAACUACAGAUAGCGCUGGUUUACUUAAAGAAUCGGACUUUGGCUCGGAUCUUGUUAUCGGAGUCAUCGAUACCGGAAUCUGGCCGGAGCGGCAAAGCUUCAAUGACAGAAACUUGGGUCCUGUGCCUGCUAAAUGGAAAGGGAUGUGUGUUAGUGGUAAAGAUUUUAGCUCAUCUUCUUGUAACAGAAAGCUCAUUGGAGCUAGGUACUUUUGUGACGGCUACGAGGCUACUAAUGGCAGAAUGAACGAGUCUACAGAGUGCAGAUCACCACGAGACUCGGACGGGCAUGGGACCCACACGGCGUCUAUAGCGGCGGGCCGGUAUGUUUUCCCAGCUUCGACACUCGGGUAUGCUAAAGGUAUUGCAGCAGGGAUGGCGCCGAAAGCAAGACUUGCUACUUAUAAAGUAUGUUGGAAUGCUGGAUGCUAUGAUUCUGACAUUCUUGCUGCAUUUGAUACUGCUGUUGCUGAUGGUGUUGAUGUUAUUUCGCUUAGUGUUGGUGGUGUCGUAGUUCCUUAUUACCUUGAUGCAAUUGCUAUCGGAUCUUUUGGAGCUGCAGAUCGUGGUGUUUUUGUCUCUGCUUCUGCUGGAAAUGGUGGCCCUGGUGGGCUUACUGUUACUAAUGUUGCUCCCUGGGUUACUACUGUUGGUGCCGGCACUCUUGACAGGGAUUUUCCAGCUGAUGUGAAGCUUGGAAAUGGGAAAGUGAUUUCUGGUGUGAGUAUUUAUGGUGGGCCGGGAUUAUCGCCUGGAAAGAUGUAUCCUUUGAUUUAUUCUGGUAGUGAAGGAACAGGAGAUGGCUAUUCCAGUUCUUUAUGUUUAGAUGGUUCUUUAGAUUCUAAACUUGUUCAAGGGAAAAUCGUCUUGUGUGAUAGAGGGAUUAAUUCAAGAGCUGCUAAAGGUGAUGUGGUAAAGAAAGCGGGUGGUGUUGGGAUGAUUUUAGCUAACGGGGUUUUUGAUGGUGAAGGUUUAGUUGCUGAUUGUCAUGUUUUGCCUGCUACUGCUAUUGGUGCUAGUGGUGGUGAUGAAAUCAGAAGGUACAUUUCUGAUUCUUCUAAAUCUAAUUCACCACCUACUGCUACUAUAGUCUUCAAAGGUACUAGACUUGGAAUUAGGCCAGCACCUGUUGUUGCUUCAUUUUCAGCCAGAGGUCCUAAUCCUGAAUCUCCUGAAAUUUUGAAGCCUGAUGUUAUUGCUCCUGGUUUGAACAUUCUUGCUGCUUGGCCAGAUAAAGUUGGUCCAUCUAGUGUGCCAACUGAUAACAGAAGAACUGAGUUCAACAUUCUAUCUGGUACUUCAAUGGCCUGUCCACAUGUUUCCGGGUUAGCUGCCCUGCUAAAGGCUGCACACCCGGAUUGGAGUCCAGCAGCAAUAAAAUCAGCGUUAAUGACAACUGCAUAUGUAGUUGAUAACCGCGGCGAAACAAUGCUUGACGAGUCCACUGGAAAUACCUCAACCGUGUUGGAUUUUGGUUCUGGUCAUGUUCAUCCACAGAAGGCAAUGAAUCCUGGGUUAAUUUAUGAUAUAACAACAUUUGAUUAUGUGGAUUUUCUAUGCAAUUCAAAUUAUACAGUAAACAACAUUCAAGUUGUGACUAGAAAAAAUGCAGAUUGCAAUGGAGCAAAAAGGGCAGGACAUGCUGGUAACUUGAAUUACCCAUCAAUGUCUGCUGUGUUUCAACAAUAUGGGAAACAUAAGAUGUCUACACAUUUUAUUAGGACAGUGACUAAUGUUGGGGAUCCAAAUUCUGUAUAUAAGGUUACAAUUAAGCCACCAAGUGGGACUACAGUCACUGUGCAGCCAGAGAAGCUUGCAUUUAGGAGGAUAGGACAGAAGUUGAGCUUUCUUGUUAGAGUGCAAGCCAUGGUCGUAAAGCUCUCGCCUGGCGGCUCCAACAUGAAUAGCGGUUCAAUAGUUUGGUCAGAUGGGAAGCAUACUGUUAAUAGUCCUAUAGUUGUGACAAUGCAGCAACCCCUUUAGGAAUUUUGCUCAUUUGCUUGCUACUAUAAGUUUUUAAAUAUCAUAUCUCUCUCUGGGUGCAUGAAGAGAGGUGUAAUGUAGGCGUUUUCUAUAUCAGAAAGCGAGUGAAGCUGGGAUUUGGGAGCUGGGUUUGUAAUGAAAAAUGAAGUCACAUGUAGAAAUUUUUGGCUAGCAAAAUGAAGUGCAGGUGUAUCUUUCCUUGUUGUGAGAGUGAAGAAUCAAGAAAGAUCACCUUGUCUUGUAGAAAAUGAUGUGUUUUUGUUGUUGAUGAUGUUGAACAACGAAGUAGCCAAGAAAAAAAAAGAAUGAUAAUGGAAAAGGUCUCUCUUUUCUUUUCUUUCCUUUUUAGAAGCCUUGCAGCAGGAUCUUGUCAACUAAUUCUGUAAUUUCUGUUCUAGAUGAUGCAUGUGGGGAGGAUUUAUGAUCA